GUGGUGCGGCUGUAAGCAAUUCAUUGUGAGAAACUUUUUAUUUUUGGAGCAGGGCCUUUCAGAGGAAACUACCUGCACAGACCAGUUCACUUUUUGGAAACGCAAGUAGACAGUUCCUUAUUUUCAUCAUUACUUACCAUCUUGUUUAAGUCACCUUCAUUUGAAAUCUUCUGUCUGUGAGAUCGCGGAAUGUUCUCUCUGAAGAUGCAGGAUUAUGUGUUUGGUUUGCUUUCUUUUAUUUGUAGUCUCAAAGGGCUAUCAUGUUCACCAUGGACCAUGAAAGUACAGGAUCGGGUCAAUGGCACAUUGGGACAAAAUAUGAUUCUCCCUUGCAUCUUUACACACCCAAAACAAAAUACUUACACCGGUGACAUCACUGUUAAAUGGAUGCAGGUCAACAAACAUGAACCCAUUUUUAUAUGCAUACUUCACAACAAGACAAAUGCACAAGACAGUAACUGUAUUUUUCCAAGAUCAUCAGAGCGACUCUUGCUUCAAGGUGACCCCAGAAAAGGAGACAUUUCCUUAGGAAUCAAUAAUUUACAGUUUACCGAUGCCUCACAGUAUAUCUGUAGGGUGGAGCUGAAUUAUAAUAAAUUCGAGAAACACACAACGCUUAAUGUCAAUGCUCCGGCACAAAUCCUCAGCCUAUCCAAGGAUUUAGAGGUUCUGGGUAUGAUGGUGAAAUGCAUUGCCCAAGGGAAUCCACUUCCAGAAAUAAAAUGGACCUCCUUAUCUGGACCAUUAGAAAACGUUCCAAUCAAAACUGACCACAGCAACUUCAUAGUCAUCAGCUCAGUUCCAUUCUCUGAGCAGGAUGUGUACACUUGCCAAGCUGUGAACUCACUGGGACAGGUUCAGAAAACAUUUCCACCAAACCAUUCAAAUUGUUUUGGUCUUAUGGUGACGACUGGCAUUCUGGGGUGUUUGCUGCUGCUUGGGCUUGUGUUGUUCACUUUAGAUGUGAUGAAAAGAAGACAAAGUGCACAGACAGUCGUGCUACAUGAUAAACGGGUACAGAGGGUUAAAACCUCUAUAUAUCAAGCUAAUGAGACAGUUUAUGCCAAUAUCAGCACUUGUCCAGUUGGUCGUGAACAAGGUUAUGUGUACUCGACUGGGGCAUUGAGAGAGGGGGGAAAGGUGAUUCCCAAGUCCCCAAAAAAUCGGCCCCUAGGACCCCCGCCGGACAUUGGCGAAAAGUGAAGUUUGAUGCUGAAGAAUAUUAUGGCACUGAUCCAGAUGGACCAAUCACAUUUGUUUUUGAUUAUUCUAUGAUAAUUUUAAAAAAAUCAUUGUAUUUAAGAUUUGUAUGGUGCAUUUUGCUUCGUAUUUCACAUAUAUGUAAGUAUAGCAAACAUGUUUAAAAAAUAAUAUUAUAUUUUGGUGUGUAAAUGUUUUCAAAGCUUUGAAUGCAGCUGUGGAUUCAGCCUUUGAGCCUCCACACGCCCC